AUGGACCAUGAUUUCUGUGCACAGGUCGAUAACAACCUUAUUUGUUGUGAUAACGUUGUCCCCAUACAACCAGAAAAAGAUCAUCUGGACGCCUCCAUUCCCAAUCCUCUCUCCAUUAAUGCCUCUCGCAACAAGGCUGCUUCUCCUCCCUUUGAUUCUUCUGAAUCUGACGGUCUAGUCGUUGGUCGCCCAAUUGGCAAUCCGAUGAGUAAAUCCCUCACCAAUAGCGAUUCAGCUUUGCCCCUUUCCUAUUCAACCAAAGCUCACGUUCUUCGUGCUCCAUCUCUUCCUCCUUCCAUCACGUCCAAGUGUUCUACAGCCUCCGACACCAACACUGCUCCCCCUGAAGUGCCUAUUCGAACCUCUUCUUCUCCACAGAAGCACAACUCGCUUCCAUGCUUCAUUGGACGCAAUUGGGUGUUCGAUAAGGUAUUUCGAUGGCUUCAACUUUCAUCCGACGGUACUCCAACGUCUACUGAUGCUAUGUACUGUUCCUUUAUUUUGAUGGGUGGACCUGGUACAGGCAAAACCGCCAUUCUUAACGAGAUUAUUAAGAACAACCCCUUUGGUCUAUCCACUCGCCUUCUAGCCUAUCACGCUUGCUCUAAUCAAUUUGUUGCAUCAAUAAAUCUUCCUCGUUUCAUUCUAUCCCUUCGGGAUCAGUUGACAUCUAGACAGGAUGCAAUCGGAGCAUUUUAUCGUGAACGUCUAGCUGCUGGUGGUGGUCGGUUAAACCACCUUUUUACUACAGCUCGUCUCUGUGCAUUUCCUGAUGAGGUUCUGUCUGAAGGCAUCUUCAAGAUUCUUGGUGAUCUAGAUCCUAGACAAAUCGGCAGUGACCAAAAGCUUUUUUUUGCAAUCGAUGCUGCAGACGAGUGUCUUCGGUUGAACCCAAAUUCUGAGGUUCGGGCUCCGCCCUCCAUUUCCAGCAUUGGAUGCUCGCACAAACGCCUUUCACAGGCCUCAUCUAUAUCAGAUCACGUUAAUGAAUUCCAGAACCUUAACCUGCACCAAUCAACUGGUCGAAUCCGACAGGGUUGGGUUAGUCGAAAUCUUCUUGAACUCCUUGCAAUUAAUGCUUUAUUUCUUCCACCGUGGAUUGGACUCUUUAUCACCUGUCGGCGAGAUUCACAAACCAUUCUGCGUCGACUGUUCCGGUGUGCUAGCACCGUUUUUCUGGACGAUAUCCGGUGCCCAUUAGUAUAUAAGGAUAUGAAUGACUACAUUUGCAUGCGGCUGAAAAAUGAUAGCCUUCUUCAAAAUGCUUUCGAUCUCUGUGGUCAGGAUAUUCUCCACAUAUUAGAGUAUAAGUGUAAUGCUUCAUUGCUCUACCUCCAUAUCGUUUUGACAGCUGUCAGUGAGUGUUGGCUAACUCCGGAGUACAUCAAAACUAUCCCCGGCACAAUUAAUGGUCUCUUCCUUUGGCUUUGUCAACGCCUAUUGAAUCCUUUUCCUAACGAUCCUUUUUCUUCAAUUAUGACUACGAUUAAACCGGUAUUAAGUCUUGUACUUACCUCAUCACGACCUCUUACUCUCGAUGAAAUUGAUGUUAUUCUGCAGUCGAACAACGUUUCUUCAAAGAUAAUAGAAAACUGGAGGCAAGUGCUCGUUCUACCCUUUUUUUUGGUACACCAGUACCCCAAACUUCUGCAACAACAACCUCAACAAUGGGUGGAUCUUCUCGAUUAUGCUGAGCUUCAACACGAGAGAGUUCUUAGCCUUGCUCACACCAGUUUGAGAGACUGGUUCCUUGACGUCAAGUGCUCUACACCAGUGUAUUUAGCAUCAUCUCGUGAUGGACAUACAAUGUUAGCCUUGGCAGCCUUGAAUCAAAUUUGCCAGUUUUCCUGUCUUCCUCGCUAUUGCACUUGGGAUAUUCUCUACAAUUUCACUCGAUCUAGUCUCUAUAAUUCUACAGAAGCGCUUCAGAUGCUAACCGAAACUCUAAAAGACGUGAACAUAGACUUUACUGUGGAUAUUCUUGCAAAUCUGGACUGUUGGAUGUUUCUGCAUGACCCAAUUCUUGUGCAUUGUUCAUUUGCUGGAUCUUCAAUCAGUCAAUUAAUUGAGGAUGCUUUGAACUAUGAGCACCGCUUAUUCGAACCACAGGCAUCAAUUGUCUUCAGCUGUAAUGGAACUCAAACCAGAGAGCGUAAACCUCAACAAGUAAUCCUUCAAACACGAGCAGAUAAGGAGACUUCCAUUGGACAGUUGUGUACCGCUGCAUUUCAGGGAAAGCUGGAGGCGGUGAAAUGUAUUUUGAGGCAAAAUUCAGUGGAUGUGGAAGCGAGGGAUGCCGCGGGCUCAACGCCAUUGGUUUUAGCUUCGCGGCAAGGUCAUUUGCAGAUUGUGAAGUGUUUGUUGGAGGCGAACGCAAAGUUAGAUCAAAUUGAUCAGGACGGAUGGUCAGCAUUAAGGUCAGCUGCAUGGGGUGGGCAUACUGACGUGGUGAAUUUUCUCUUAGACUCCGGUGUUGACGUGGACAUAACCGGACCGGACAGUCGAACAGCCUUGCGAGCAGCUGCAUGGGCCGGACAUGCUGAAAUUGUGCGUCGUCUAUUGGCUGCCGGAGCAGAUGUCAAUCGUCCCGAUGCUGAAGGUCGAACUCCACUUAUUGCUGCCGCCUACAUGGGAUGUGAAGAUAUCAUAGAUAUUCUGGCAGAUGCAGGUGCAAAUUUAAAUCACGCUGACCAGGACGGACGAACGGCACUGUGUGUUGCAGCAUUCUGUGUUCCACAAUCAGUAUCACAUAGCGAAGUGGUGGCAAAGUUGCUUCAACUCGGAGCAGAUCCAAACCUAGGUGAUAGGGAGAAUGUCACUCCACUAAUUGGAGCUGCCAAUACGGGUCGCCGUGACAUCUGUGAAUUAUGUCUGGAAGCUGAUGCUGAUGUUGAUAUGGUAGACAAAAGUGGUCGUAGUGCCCUCGUAGCCGCUGUCGUCAAUGGUCACGUGGACGUAGUUCAGCUACUUCUUUUCUGGUGUGCUGCUGUAGACACCAUUGAUCUCAAUGGACGCUCUGUUUUGAGCAUCGCUGCCGCCUGUGGACGCACACAAGUUGUUAGACAACUCUUGGACAGAGGUCUAGACGAGGGACAUCGUGACCAUAUGGGCGCGACGCCCUUGCAUCUAGCAGCUGCUGCUGGUCAUGCCGAGGUUGUGAGGCUCCUUCUAGAAGCCGGUUCUCACCCAGAUGAGAUAGACAAUGCCGGUCAGACGCCUCUCCUAGUCGCCUGUCAGGCCGAUCAUGUAGGGGUUGUCCAACUCCUCCUAAAACCAGCAGUCACUAUGGAAGCAGCAGUAGAUAAUGAACGAGUGCAGGAGUUGUUUGAAGUCCUUACUUCAGGUAGAAAUGACGGAGAGGUGGGAGAGGAGACAGGAGAUCCACAUCGUGUCUACGACCCUCUUACCACUGGAGGACAAGACGGAUUUCUUGGUCAUGCUGCCUUGCAAACAAUCGAUAGAGCCUCAAUGGAUGGACGAAAUCCGUUGAGGUCGGCGGCAUUAAAUAACAACGUUCCCUUGGUCAAAUUGCUUAUAGCUUUGGGAGCUGACCCAGAUCAACAAGUCAUCGCUCUGCUUCAACUCUGGUGA